CGGAGGGCGCUCGCCGCCGGAGGUGCGCUCGGGUCCGCGCCGCCGCCGCCCUUGCGACCCGCGCCCUCCGGAUCCCCUGUCCGCACGCCCGACUCCUGUCCGCCCGCCCGACGGGCCCUCCCCCAUCCCGCUCUGAGCGCGGACCCCGCGCCCACAGCCUGCCCCGCGGGGAGCCGCCAGCCGAGUCAUGGACCAGAAAACACCAGAAAUUUUCUCUGUGGAGCUCAGUGGAACUAAAGACAUACAGGAAACAGACGGGUGGCAUGAAAAAGAGAAGUAUAGGGGUCUGAAGAGCAAGCCCUGGGAACUCAAGAAGCAUCACCAGAAGGAGGAGCUUAAGAAAGACCUGGAUUUGGAUGACCACAAACUCAGCAAUAAUGAAUUGGAAAAGAAAUAUGGAACAAACAUCAUGACGGGUCUCUCCAGUGCCCAAGCUGCCGAACUCCUGGCUCGGGAUGGGCCCAAUGCCCUGAGCCCUCCCAAGGAAGCACCAGAGAUUAUCAAGUUCCUCAAGCAAAUGGUGGGGGGAUUCUCCAUCCUUCUGUGGGUAGGAGCCAUCCUGUGUUGGAUCGCAUAUGGGAUUCAGUACUCCAAUAAUAAGUCCUCGUCCUUGGACAACGUGUACUUGGGCACUGUGCUCGCUGUGGUUGUUAUUUUGACGGGGAUCUUCGCAUACUACCAAGAGGCGAAAAGCACCAACAUCAUGGCCAGCUUCAGUAAGAUGAUCCCGCAGCAAGCUCUUGUCAUUCGAGAUUCAGAAAAGAAGACCAUCCCUGCUGAGCAGCUGGUGGUGGGGGACAUAGUGGAGAUUAAAGGAGGAGACCAGGUCCCCGCGGAUGUCCGUGUGCUGACUGCUCAGGGCUGUAAGGUCGACAAUUCAUCUCUCACUGGGGAAUCUGAGCCCCAGGCCCGGUCCUGUGAGUUCACCCAUGACAAUGCCCUGGAAACAAAGAACAUCUGCUUCUAUUCCACAACGUGCCUGGAAGGCACAGCGACUGGCAUGGUCAUUAACACGGGUGACCGCACCAUCAUUGGUCAGAUCGCCUCACUGGCUUCAGGAGUCGGAAAUGAGAAGACGCCCAUUGCCAUUGAGAUCGAGCACUUUGUUCAUAUCGUGGCAGGAGUGGCUGUCUCCAUCGGCAUCCUUUUCUUCAUCAUCGCUAUGUCCAUGCAGUAUUAUAUCUUGGACUCCAUCAUCUUCCUCAUUGGUAUCACUGUGGCCAAUGUGCCUGAGGGUCUCCUGGCCACUGUCACUGUGACUCUGUCACUGACGGCAAAACGGAUGGCGAAGAAGAACUGCCUGGUCAAGAACCUAGAGGCUGUGGAGACGCUGGGCUCCACCUCCAUCAUUUGCUCAGACAAGACUGGGACUCUGACCCAGAACAGGAUGACUGUGGCCCAUCUGUGGUUUGACAACCAGAUCUUCAUGGCUGACACUAGCGAAAGCCAUUCAAAUCAAGUCUUUGAUCAAAGCUCCAAAACCUGGGCCUCCUUAUCAAAGAUAAUAACAUUGUGUAACCGAGCUGAAUUCAAACCAGGACAGGAAAGCGUCCCAAUCAUGAAGAAAGUUGUGGUUGGAGACGCUUCAGAAACAGCUCUUUUGAAAUUCUCAGAGGUCAUUUUGGGCGAUGUGAUGGAAAUUAGAAAGAGAAACCACAAAGUGGCUGAAAUCCCUUUUAACUCGACUAAUAAAUUUCAGCUCUCCAUACACAGGACGGAUGACCCCAGUGACAAGCGCUUCCUCCUGGUGAUGAAAGGGGCCCCGGAAAGGGUCUUAGAGAAGUGCAGCACCAUCAUGGUCAGCGGCCGGGAGCAGCCUCUGGACAGGAGCACGGCCGAGGCCUUCCACAUGGCCUACAUGGAGCUGGGGGGCCUGGGCGAGCGCGUGCUGGGUUUCUGUCAUUUCUACCUGCCAGCAGAUGAGUUUCCAGAAACCUACUCAUUUGAUAUAGAUGCCAUGAACUUUCCUACAUCCAACCUCUGUUUUGUGGGGCUCUUGUCAAUGAUUGACCCCCCUCGGUCCACUGUUCCUGACGCAGUCACCAAAUGCCGGAGUGCAGGAAUCAAGGUUAUUAUGGUUACAGGCGAUCAUCCAAUCACAGCCAAAGCUAUUGCCAAGAGCGUAGGUAUCAUUUCAGCUAACAGUGAGACGGUGGAAGACAUUGCAAAACGUCUCAACAUUGCUGUGGAACAAGUCAACAAACGGGAUGCUAAGGCCGUGGUGGUGACUGGCACAGAACUGAAGGACAUGAGCCAGGAACAGCUGGACGAGCUUUUAACCAACUACUCGGAGAUCGUGUUUGCCCGGACAUCCCCCCAGCAGAAGCUGGUCAUUGUGGAGGGCUGUCAGAGGCAGGAUGCAGUUGUCGCUGUGACGGGGGAUGGAGUUAAUGAUUCUCCAGCUCUAAAGAAGGCAGACAUUGGGAUCGCCAUGGGGAUAGCAGGCUCCGAUGCGGCCAAAAACGCAGCUGAUAUGGUCUUGCUGGACGACAAUUUCGCAUCCAUAGUCACAGGGGUGGAGGAAGGUCGCCUGAUCUUUGACAACCUAAAGAAGACAAUCGCAUAUACGCUGACCAAGAACAUUGCCGAGCUGUGCCCCUUCCUGAUCUACAUCAUCGUUGGGCUUCCCUUGCCCAUUGGCAGCAUUACUAUCUUGUUCAUCGACUUGGGCACAGACAUAAUCCCCUCCAUUGCCUUGGCUUAUGAGAAAGCUGAAAGUGACAUUAUGAACAGAAAGCCUCGCCACAAGAAGAAGGACAGACUGGUGAAUCAGGAACUUGCCAUUUACUCUUACCUGCACAUUGGCCUCAUGCAAGCUGUGGGGGCUUUUGUGGUGUAUUUUGCUGUGUACGCACAGGAGGGCUUCCGCCCCACCGCACUCAUCAGCCUCCGGGUAGAAUGGGAAAAGGACUAUGUGAACGACUUGGAGGACAGCUACGGACAGGAGUGGACAAGGUCCCAGAGGAUGUACCUGGAAUGGUCAGGCUACACGGCUUUCUUUGUUGGCAUCAUGAUCCAGCAAACAGCCGAUCUCAUCAUCAGGAAGACUCGGAGGAAUUCCAUCUUCCAGCAGGGUCUCUUCAGAAAUAAAGUCAUCUGGGUGGGAAUUGCCUCGCAGGUCAUCAUUGCAUUGAUCCUCUCCUAUGGCCUUGGAAGUGUCAUGGCCCUGAACUUCACCAUGCUCCGGCCUCAGUACUGGUUCGUGGCUGUGCCUUAUGCCAUUCUGAUUUGGGUAUAUGAUGAGGCACGAAAAUUUUUCAUCAGACUCUACCCUGGAAGCUGGUGGGAUAAGAACAUGUAUUAUUAAGACCAUUUUACUUCCAAGUCUCCCAGCCACACUUGUCAUCUUCUGGCAGCUAGCUGGGAGAUUGCUGCAACUGGGACAUCAUCAAAAUGCAAGCAAGAGAGGGCAGAAACUAUAGGAAGAUUCCCACUGAUGUUCUGUACUUCAAAGCAGAGAUUCGACUAUCUAUAUAUGAUUCUCAUCUCUAGCUCCAUCUCCUUAUUUAAAAAUAUGUGAAUUUCAAAGUAAUGGUAUAGGGAAGAAUGAUGUGUUUAUGUAUAUAAAGCUCACUCCUGUUAAAUAGUCUUCUCUAUUCUAGAUACUUGCUGGGGUCUCCCUGCUCCUUCAGCUCUAAAUAGGACUGCUCAAACCUCCAUUCCACACCCUGUUAAAAGUCCAGUGACCUCCCUAGAUUUCUGUGAAUUGCCAGAGAACUUGUUAAAAGAAAGGCUAAUUCAGCUGAAGGUUUGCAAUAGAACGUUUAGGUGUGAUUGCAGGCUUCCUCACAGCAAUGAGGGUAGCCUGCUUUGACUCUGAGACAUCCUUCCUAAAGGUCCCCAGCCACCUGGCUGCGCCCCUCAGCCCCCUUCUCGCCACCCCAGCAGUCCCUUGGUACCUUUGUCUGCCCUUUCUGACUCCUCCCUCCCUCCCAAGGUGGAGGGCCCUCUACCCCUACCACCCAUUCUUCCAAAACUGAGCGCCAAGUCCAUUUGCAUAUCCUAGCUCCAAAUGCUCUUGUGACCCAAAGAGGUUUUCCUUUAUCAGGGUUCAACUUCAGUAGAGAUCCACUGUGGUUUAAAGCAGUAAUAUUUAUUUCCUGUAAAAAGUCACAAAGCACUCUCCAGCACUGAUGUUAUGUCAGUCAUGUUUCACGCUUUAACUUAGCUUUAUUCAUGUUGACACAUAAAUCCAUGUUGCCAACACCCACCCACUGAGAGGCCUCAUUUUUAAAUAAAAGAUGUUUCAUAAAACCAUAA